GAACCUCGGAUCUUGUUUCGCUGGGAGGGGACGUUUUUGUCUCAAAUUCGCUUUUGGUUAUCUCAUACUUUUAAACACGAGUUCAGGCGAAGGGAUACUUGCUUCAAUGAAUAGAGGCGUUUUAAUGAUCAGUUGCUACAGGGCAAAGUCGCACAGGCUGCUUCUCUCUCUAACCCAUUUCACGCUAUCCGCCUCUCUUUCCACCACUGCUUCUUUGGAGGAAGACAAGGAGGUGAGGCGCCAAUGCAAAUGGUUUACUUUACCUUCUUUUCCUGGCGCUUCUCUUUCGCCUUCUAUCUCGACUGCAAAGACUGCGAAAGCCCCCUCCACCACAGCUCUCAAAUGGGUCCUUCGUUGUUGUCCACAAGUGCCGAGAUCCCUCAUCCAAAAGCUCUUUCGACUGCGACAGGUUCGUAAAGAAUCUCUGAACCCUGCUAUUGCUUCUUGUUUACAUAAGCAAGCUCAAUAUCAGCAAAUUAAAAGGGUUUUUGCAAAAGAUACAUUAAAUUCAGGGGAUAGAAUCUUUCUUCCUAUCACUGUGAAUCCUGCUGUUGAAGUAGAGGAUGACUAUAUCUGCAACAAAGAAGAGAUGGAGUACAUCCGCAGUCUUGAAGUGUAUAAGGAUGCAGCCAUUGUGGUAGUGAAUAAGCCUCCUGGCCUGCCUGUUCAGGGUGGCACUGGUGUCAAGUUAAGUUUGGAUGUUUUGGUUGCAUCAUCAUUGAAAUAUGAUUAUUCAGAAGUCCCGCGAUUGGUGCACAGACUGGACCAAGACAGUAGUGGCAUUUUAGUCAUGGGAAGGACACAGGAAAGCACUACUCUUUUGCAUUCCAUCUUCCGUGAUAAAACUUGUGGAGCAUCCUUCAAUGUAGAUAUCAAAAAUUCCAAAAUAAUCUUGAAAAGGAAGUACUGGGCACUGGUUAUUGGGAAUCCACAACCUAGCGAGGGCUUGAUUUCUGCUCCAUUAUCGAAGUUGCUUCUGGACGAUGGAAAAUCUGAAAGAAUUACUGUCUCUGAAGAUUCCAAAAACAAGUCAGCACGGCAUGCUAUUACAGAAUAUCGAGUGCUUAGAAGCUCGGGACAUGGUUUUACAUGGCUGGAACUCUACCCACGCACCGGUAGAAAGCAUCAACUACGUGUCCAUUGUGCCGAAGUCUUGGGAACACCCAUCUUAGGAGACUACAAGUAUGGUUGGAAUGCUCAUAGGAAAUGGAAGCCUUUCCCUACACUAAAGUUUGAGGAGCGAUUGAACAGGAAGGCACCAUUUGGCCUUGACUUGGAGGGAGGCAGCGUCUCCGACAAAAAGCCACGGUUGCAUCUCCAUUGCAGGCAGAUGACUCUUCCCAAUAUGUCAUUGGCAUUUCAGCACUUGCAUGAACAAUCUGUAGAUGAUCUCUCAAAGUUGGAGAAACUUGACUUAGUUGCUCCUCUACCUCUGCACAUGCGGAGAAGUUGGGAUAUAUUAAAUUCUGAAUUGUUCUAGGGGUGAAAGUUGCCUAGAGUUCCAUAUGUCAUGGUGUUUCAAUAAUUUUGUAAUUUUGGAUAUUAUGCCUUCCCAUUUGUAACUCUUUUGUUUUGGGAAAUCAGUAGGGAUCAUUUCUCGAUUUGUGCGUGUCAUCCUUUCUCGGGUAUCCUUCCCAUUUGUAACUACAGUCCCCAAUGGUAAAGCAUCUUCCUCAUGUUGCCCAUC